GGCUCACCCACUUUUCCCUUGCUUCACCACCACCACCUUCCAGAGCCACAACCAAACAUGGCUAAUAUAUCUCUUUCCGACUCAGAUCUCUCGUCGUUAUCAUCGGCGCCUCCUUCAGAUGAAGAAUCCGCGUCCAUGGCUCUCGACGAGCCCGUGGGUAUUACCAAGUACUUCCAGAAGAAGGAGUCCGAAUCUCCGCCACCUAAACGAGCUCCCUCACCACCCCAUGAAUACGUGCUGGCAGAUAACCAGGAUAUUGCAUUCAUUGUCACGUUCCGCGCGCGUUUUAACGAUGUAUUCCCGCGAUCAACUCCGCACUUCGGACCACAAGAUAUCGAACGAGGCGUCAUGGACAUUUCCCCUGGAGAUCAUAUUGAGAGGUUGCUAUGUGCAUUGCUUGGGCUGGUGUUGAACAGGAAGAAGGACGUGGAUCGGAAUCAUUACCAGCGUCCUUUGGAAGAAGCUAUACAAACACAUGCCUCUCAGUGGCCUAAAGCUUGGCAAGGCAAGAACCCCCUUCAUGGGGGUCACAAUUUUGCAUCAAUGACACCUGAAGAACGCCUACAAUUGUUGAAGUCGUUGAUUCUCUGGUCCCUCUCCUCUUCCGAAGCCGUCCAAGCGAAACUUAAGGAAUCUUAUAAGCAAGCGCGCCACGACGACGACAUGAACCAACCGCUUUCCGUGCAACCCUGGGGACGUGAUGGACUGAAGCGUCGGUACUGGCUCAUCGAAGGCCUAGAUGAUACUCAUUUCAGGCUUUAUCGUGAAAGCAACCCUGCCUUGAAAACCGUUACAUGGUGGAGCGUGGCAGGAACCAUUCCCGAAUUAAAGGCCCUAGCGGACCGGCUGGAAGAGGAAAGAAGUACAAACUCUAAGAAGCUGAGCGAGAGGAUAAAGAAUUCUAUACCUCGCUUCGAAGGCUCAGAGGAGAAACGCAAACGUCGAGAUUAUCGUAUCGCUCGGAAAGCUGCAUUCGCUCGGCCGGAACCCGGAUUUUCCCUAUAUGAAGGUCGUACACGCGGAAAGAAGCUGAAGUACACCUAUUCUGACGACGAGGAUAUCUUUUCUGAUAGCCUCCCAUCAACUCGACGGUCAACGCGCAACACAUCUGGAUUUUCUACUCCCGCAGAGCCCACGGGACCAAUAUUUACUACAAGUGGAAGACAAAUUCGGUCUCGGGCUGGAGGCUUGUACGGGGAGAGUCUGCUUAGCGGGCAGCGCGAAGAAGCGACUCAUGGAGACGAGGAUGGCUCUGGUAGGGGACAGCGUACUCGAACUACUCGGAUGAAUGGGUAUGCUGAUUAUAACAUGGAAGAUGACGGCGAGGAAGGCUCAGAUGAAGCCCACUCCAGCGGAAACGAAUGGCAGGGUGGCGAGGAGGAGGAGGACAAUGAAUUCGAAGGCGACGACGAGGAUGAAGUCAGCGGAGACGAAUCGGUCAUAGACAGAGAAAGCCCUAGUCUUGUGGUGCAGCUAAGAUAUGGUAAAAGCAAGGCACCAGGCGACUCAAAUGGUCCUGGGGGGAAGGAAUCUGCGAUAGGAGACAGACCAGAGGGCCAACAAGAGCCGGUUUCUCAACCGGCAAGCUAUAACGAACAUACACUUACUAUCCAGCCACAACAACCUGCGGCAAACGGACUGCCAACUCCGGUACAAGAGACCCCUAUACCAAUGUCGGAUACCAAGAUUGUUUCCGUUCAAGCACCUGUUGCUAGUCUUCCUUCAGCCCCAAGGGAAGGAACACUUCCAAGUGCAAAUGGCGCUGCUACUAUUCAUACACCAACCCCGGUUCGACAACCGGACGAGACCGUCUAAUAGAGCCCAGCGUGAUAGAGCAAAAGAAGCGUGAAACGGAGGAUAUCUUAUUUUUAAACUUUAUACCAACCAGGGAGAAUGUUGUUCGAGUAUCUCUGUAUCCGAGGGCGCACAGUGGAGUCGUGUCUGUUCGUACCUUUACGGCCGUGUUCUAUGGCGAUCUGAAUCGGCACCAAAAAAAAAAGUGGUUAUUUGUCUGGAUACUUUGAUUCUCAAGUAGUUGUGGUUUUACCAAGUGCGGUUGCUGUUCGUCCAAUGUUAGGAACCCUUUAUUAAACAACAAUUAUAUUUCAGGUGAGACCAGCCUGAAUGAAUUUGAUAACCUAAGACUACCUUGAGUGCUUGGGAGU